UCGUGCACACUGACGGACUUCCGGUCUGGGCGUGAGGCUGGUCGACAGUACGGCGAGCGCUAGCUGUUGCCUUAGGCGUUAUGUUGUCCCACUCCCGGUGUUUGACCCGGACUCUCGGGCGGUCCCUCUCGGCCCUCAGUCAGGGCAGUAAUGUGUUGGGGAGGAGGUCUGUUUCAGGCCUCACACCUGGACAUCGUGUGGCUUACAUGAACGGUACUUCGAAAUGUGAUGCCAGGUCCACUGUCUUCCACAUCCGAUACUUCAGGAGCUCCACAGCUUACAGGAAUGAAGUCAUCACAGUAAACACUCCCGCAUUUGCCGAGUCUGUCACAGAGGGAGACGUGAGGUGGGAGAAAGCUGUUGGUGACACUGUCUCUGAGGAUGAAGUGGUGUGUGAAAUCGAGACAGAUAAGACUUCGGUGCAGGUGCCCUCCCCUGCUGCAGGUGUUAUCGAGGCCCUCCUGGUUCCAGAUGGAGGCAAGGUGGAGGGUGGGACCCCUCUCUUCAAGCUCCGGAAAGGAGCUGCCGCAGCCAAAGCUCCUGAACCACCAAGAGCAGCAGUUGCCGAAGCAGAAGCCCCUGCGGCCGUGCCGCCGCCGCCUCCCCCUCCUCCAUCCGCUGCUGCGGCCCCUCCUGCCGUAGGCCCCAUCCCCUCCAGCAUGCCCCCUGUGCCACCCAUACCGGGACAAGCCAUUGACACCAAACCUGUGUCUGCUGUGAAGCCCACAGCUGCCCCAGUAGCACACCCUGAAGCUGUGGCCAAAGCCUCUAGGUCAGAACACAGGGUUAAGAUGAAUCGCAUGAGGCUGAGGAUCGCCCAGAGGCUUAAAGAGGCCCAGAACACCUGUGCCAUGUUGACCACUUUCAACGAGGUAGACAUGAGUAACAUUCAGGAAAUGAGGAAGGUGCAUAAGGACGCAUUCCUGAAGAAGCAUGGCAUCAAGCUUGGUUUCAUGUCUGCCUUUGUGAAAGCUGCCGCCCAUGCGCUGCUCGACCAGCCUGCUGUCAACGCUGUUAUUGAUGACACUACCAAAGAGAUCGUGUACAGGGAUUACGUCGACAUUAGUGUCGCCGUGGCUACGCCAAAGGGACUUGUGGUACCAGUGAUCCGAGGUGUGGAGGGGAUGAACUUUGCUGACAUCGAGAGAACCAUCAAUGAGCUGGGAGAAAAGGCCAGAAAGAAUGAACUGGCAGUAGAAGACAUGGACGGCGGGACCUUCACCAUCAGCAAUGGAGGAGUGUUUGGGUCCUUGUUUGGGACGCCCAUCAUCAACCCUCCGCAGUCCGCCAUCCUCGGCAUGCAUGGCAUCUUUGACAGACCGGUGGCUGUCGGGGGCAAGGUGGAAAUUCGGCCCAUGAUGUAUGUGGCGUUGACAUAUGACCACCGCCUGAUAGACGGGAGGGAGGCGGUGACUUUCCUGCGCAAGAUCAAGGCUGUGGUGGAGGACCCCCGAGUUCUGCUGCUAGACAUGUGAUCCAUUGCAGGAAAUGAGUCUAUUGAAAACCACAACCUUUACACAGUACCCUCCAAGUUCCAUACUGCAUUUGAUUUAAUUGUGUUGGUUAAAAAGAGAAAGAUUGCAGCGUUCUGAUACCUCAGUGUUCAGGAACAAACGCAGUUUGGUCUUCUGCAUGGAUUAAUACGGCAAAGAGCUCAAUGCUGAUGUGCAGUAUAUAACAGUCAGCAUUUUCAGUGGAACAGGUUCCUCCUAUUUGUGAAGACUAUAUGUACACGUAGGGUUAUUCUCCUCUUGUUCCAUUCUGACUUAGGAAUAUUUUACCUGAUAUUGGUCUAUGAACAGUGCUAGAAGGGUUGAAUGAUGAACCACUAAGAUCCCUUUAGAAUGUUUUGUACACCUGCGGAAAUGGCGAAACCCAAAAGCACGACUUUCCGAAAUGUUUUUAACGCUUCACUACGGCAUUCUCGGACUGUUUCAGACGCACAACCUCGCAGAAUGUCUUUCGCACAAAUAAGAAAUCUGAUUCAUUGACUACCCUGGGAGCAGGUCCUGGCUGUGCUGUAUACAAACCCUGUAACUAUUUAAGAAAGAAAUUGACAUUUUAAACAUUAAAAAAACAAAUGCUA